AUGUCUGGGGCCCAACAGCCUGCAUAUGCUCAACGAAAUGCCUUCGCGACCUCUUCGAAGCUGCCCGACCGAAGUCGUAAUAGUGGCGUAACAGAGGCACCGCAGAACUUCGCGCGAUCAGCGUACUCCAGACGUCCAGAAGGUGUGCAAUUCGCUCCACAACAACCACCACAACAACCACCACCACAGUCCGCACCACAGUAUGGGCAGCAGCCAGCCAGAAUGGCACGGCAGACGGAGAACGAGCACGCUGUGGUUCUUACAGACCAGCAGAAAGAGGAGAUCGAAGAAGCUUUUCUGCUUUUUGACCUCGACAACGAUGGCAUGCUGGCGUUUCACGAACUCCGUGUCGCGUUUCGCGCCAUGGGCUUUAAGCUUAGUCGCCCAGAGAUCGCGCAACUGAUGCAAGAAUACGGCAUUGUGUCGCCCGCAGCGAUAACGCGUCUCAAAGCCAAAGGAAUCGAAACAGAAAACCACCACGUGAGCGUGGUCAACAUGGUGAUGCCAAAGCCACAGUUCCUGCAGCUUGCGGCUGCUAGAAUCGUUACCAGAGAUCCGUACGAGGAAGUGGAGCGCGCGUACAACAUCUUCGACAGCGAUGGGAAGGGUUAUAUCGUCUUUGAGGACCUGAAACGCGUUUGCCUGGAAUGCGGAGAGCAGAACGUGAACGAGAGCGAGUUGCAUGCCAUGAUUGACGAGUUCGACUUCGACGGAACUGGAACAGUGGCGAAGGACACAUUUAUCUCGAUCCUCCUCGGCUGA